AUGGCCAGGCAGUUCUUCCGCUUCUCCGUGGGCGGCCUGCAUGACGUCUCGGAGAUCCGCGGGCACCGGCGGACCUAUGUCGGGGCGAUGCCGGGCAAGAUCAUUCAGGCGCUGAAGAUCAGGCGCCGAUUGGCGAUGCGCGGAGAUCCCUCUUCCGCCCUGCUGGAGGUCCUGGACCCCGAGCAGAACGCGAACUUCCGAGAUCUCUACUUGGAUGUGCCGUUCGACCUGUCGAAGGUCCUGUUCAUUUGCACGGCCAACGUCACUGACACCAUCCCAGGACCCUUACUUGAUCGAAUGGAAAUUAUUCGACUUGCCGGCUAUGUCUACGAAGAGAAGCUGGCAAUAGCAAAUCAGUACCUUAUUCCGCAGACCAUUGCGACCCAGAUGCAACCAGCUCCAGAUGAUUUGGGAUACGAUCAAGCCAAGGAUGCAUUCUUGGCAGCGAGCAACGGCGUGGCAAAGGACAUGCUGGAUCUUCAACCCGAGGCGCUGGCGGAGUUGAUCCGGAACUACGCACGAGAGGCGGGGGUCCGGGAGCUCCGAAAGCUCCUGGAGAAGAUCACCCGGAGACCCGGACAAUCUGUUUCAGGGCGGGAGCUCCGAUCGAAAGUUGCUUUGAGCAUGGUUCGCGCGGAGGCGGCGGAGAGGAAACUGGCCAUGAUCUCACUGGAGAAUCUUCGGAAGUUUGUGGGCCAGCCGCCCCAUUCCACGGACAGGCUCUUCCAGGAUGCGGUGCCCAGUGGCGUGGCCAUGGGCCUCGCCUGGACCGCUCUGGGUGGCAAGACCCUGGUGGUGGAGGCCCGGGGCCGAGUGCCUGCGAGCAACGCACGGGCAGCCCAGGGGGUUUCUCGCGUCGUGCAGAGAGAGGAGAAGAUCGGCCUGACUGGGGAAGAGUGGCCAGAUCGAUGGCCCUCGUCCUCUUCCUCACGGCCAAGGAACUCUGGCCCUCGGAUGAAGGUCACAGGGAAGCUGGGCAAGGUGAUGGGUGAGUCGAGCGAAAUCGCUCUCACCUAUGCCAAGAUCUUCCUGCGGGAGCUCUCGCCCCAGAAUGACUUCCUAGAUACGGCAUUCAUCCACAUGAAUAUGCCAGAGGGCGCCACUCCAAAGGAUGGACCAUCUGCUGGGGUGACCAUGACCUCGGCCCUGCUCAGUAUGGCCUUAGAUCGCCCGGUGAAGCGAGACCUGGCGAUGAGCGGUGAGGUCACCCUGACGGGCAAGGUGCUGCGAGUGGGCGGCAUCAAAGAGCACUUCGGCAGACUUCGCGGAGUCCGGCGGAAGACCCUGGCUGCGAAGCGGGAGAAUGUGGAGAAUUUGGUUUUACCCAUGUCCAAUCAGGCCGACUAUUUGGAGCUGAAACCCUACUUGCGGGCAGGUUUGACCGCUCACUUUGUGGACCACUUCGAUGAUGUCUACAGAUUAGCCUUUGAGGACACGGGCGCUCCGAUGCUACCGGGCUCCCGGGGCAGCGACGUGGUCACGGUGAAGACGCCCAUCGAGGCCAUGUCAGCAGGGUGGAGCCAGAAAUGGGUUCUACAUGUAUAUUAUAUAUACAUAUAUUAUAUAUAUGAUGUUUUUUCUUGGAGGUUCUUCACUUGGCAAUCGAAAGCAGCUUGGACCUGGAUUAAAAUUCGAGUGGCAUGGAGUGGCACUUGUUGUGCGGCUCCAGUUCAACUUGUUUGGCUUCCCCAGAAAGGUUGUUGA